CAGGGCGGGCGGGCGAAAAGCGUCUCGGUCGCGUGUGAAUUUUCUCUUACGAUACAGUGAGUGUUGUGAUUGUGACGUGUUAUGACGAUUGAUUAUUAAUAUUGUGUUUGUGAAUGGAUCACAUUCUCUUGUCGUAAGGUCAUGCGCCGGUCGUGGCAUAUGCGCGCAUGGGCGUGCACGUGAUUGUCAGUGUAAAAAUGGCCCGCGACGUUGGGCUGUUUCUUUUGCUGUGUCUAGUGCGUUGUGACACUAAGACUGUAUUGCAGGACAAACUAGCUGGUGUCCGAACUGUAGACGUACAAGCCGUAGAAGGCAUGGUGGCACAGUUCCCCUGUGACCUCGGCACUGCAGCCAAUGAUAAAGUCUACAUGGUCUUCUGGUUCAGAGACGAUGCUGGGAUACCACUUUAUAGUUUCGACGUCCGUGGCAAGCAUCUUUCAGAAGCCCGCCACUGGUCAGCGCCAGAAGUCUUCGGACCUCGCGCACACUUUUCGACAUCGCCCCCACCUGCCUCUCUCCUUGUGAGGGAUGUGAAGAGGCGGGAUGAAGGCGUGUAUAGAUGUCGUAUUGACUUCCGGAAUACACAAACCACUAGCUUUAGAUACAACCUUACUGUUGUAGUGCCACCAGAAAAGCCUGUGGUUGUGGACCGAUGGGGACGGGUCAUCAACACUACGACCUUAGGACCUCACGAAGAAGGAGACGAUGUGCUGUUGACGUGUCGAGUCCUUGGAGGUCGACCCGAGCCCUCAGUUCGGUGGCUUGUUAAUGGUGUCUUAGUAGACGAAGAGUAUGAACACAACACUGGUGAUGUUAUAGAGAACAGACUUAUGUGGCCAGCGAUACGCAGAGCGGACUACGCUGCGGUUUUUACAUGCCAAGCGGCGAAUUCACAUCUGGUACCACCAAAAGAAGUAUCCCUGGUUUUGGAUAUGUAUUUAAGACCAUUGACCGUAGAGAUUAAGAAGCCAGCUGAGCUGGGUGAAGGUGGUGCUUUGACGUCAGAGAGGCGGUAUGAAGUCUCCUGUGAGUCCGCGGGAAGCAGACCACCAGCCGUCAUCACCUGGUUCAAGGGAAAACGGCAAUUGAAGAGAAUAACGGAGGAGUUACGAGACAACUUGACCAUCAGUGUGAUGAGUUUCGUACCCACUCUAGAUGAUGAUGGAAAGCCCAUCACCUGUCGAGCGGAAAAUCCAAACGUAACCAACCUUUUUCUUGAGACAACAUGGACUAUUAGUGUCGUAUAUCCACCCGUGGUAAAAUUACGAUUAGGCAGUUCGCUGGCUGCAGGUGACAUAAAGGAAGGUGAUGAUGUGUACUUCGAGUGUCAUGUACGAGCCAAUCCAAUGGUACGGAAACUGUCAUGGCUACAUGAUGAUCGACCCCUUGCACACAAUGCAACCGCACGCGUGUUUCAUAGUAACCAGAGUCUCGUGCUGCAGAAGGUGACGAGAUACAGCAGUGGAAGAUACGCCUGCUCUGCACUCAAUGCUGAAGGGGAGACUGUCUCCAAUGAGCUGCACUUUAGAGUAAAAUACGCUCCUUCAUGCCGUACUGGUAGUACUACUGGUGUAUCAGUGGUAGGGGCUGCAAGAGGAGAGUCAGUAGUAAUCGUAUGUGAGGUGGACGCGGAUCCACCGGCUGCAGUGUUCAAAUGGAAGUUCAAUAACUCUGGUGAAACGAUAGAUGUUGCUGCGGACCGAUAUACAUCAAACGGGAGCGCGUCUAGUCUCAAAUACACACCAGUAGCAGACCUUGACUAUGGCACGUUAUCAUGUUCAGCGUCCAAUGAAGUGGGUAACCAGCUGACGCCUUGCGUUUUCCAAAUGGUUGCAGCGGGCAAGCCACAUGCACCGAGGAAUUGUACAUUGUGGAAUCAAACAUCAGAUUCUGUUGAAGUUUCCUGUGUGGCUGGCUUUGAUGGGGGCCUGCCGCAGCAUUUUCUACUCGAAGUCUAUUCAGGAAACGAGGGGACACCCAGAAUAAAUCUGACAUCUGACGAGCCAAUGUGGACGGUACGGAGUCUCGAGUGGGACGUUCGUUUUCGUCUCGUAGCAGCAGCUGUCAAUAGCAAGGGUCGGUCCCCGCCCACGCCCCUCGAAGAUGUACUGUUCCGAGACCCUGAGAAGAGAACGGCAUCAGAAACAACUUUGGGUGCCGGAGCCGCGGGUGCAGCAGGGGCUACCGUCAUCGGCGCUGGUGCUGCUUUAGCCUUGGCCGUAGCAGCAUGGCGAGCAGCAAGACGAAGGCGUGCUCCAAGAAAAGCACCCCCGUCUUCUCAGCUCGAUAAACCAACAGAUCAUGACGAUGCCGAGCCGGACCUUAUACCCAAUAAUUACUGUGAGACGUCCAGUGCUCCAUGUCUAGCGGUAUCUUCUCCUAAUCGGACGGCACCUGCACCAUUGUCUACACCUGCGUGUAACGGGCCGGGUGCAUCCUGGACCUGGGGUGCCAGAACAGCAAUCCCUGCUGUCUCCCUCGGCAGAAGUGCUUCAGCCUCCCUCAGGUCCUCACACAUGCCUGCCACGGAUCUCAACGUCGACGCUAUCAAGGAGAAACUACUAGACAAUCGUAUACCGGAGUCGUGUGUAUAAAUUAGCGAAAUUGUUCUAAGAAGGUAUUUAUUUGAAAGUUUACCUGGCUCUGUAGCCGUGCUGCGUAUAAUAUUUGUGUGAAAAAUAUUAAACUCUCGUUUUAAGACGUUUCAUAUAAAUACUUUCCGUAGGUGUUUACGACUCAAUGGCACUGAGGCCCUUUCUCCACUGCUCCGGUCCGGCGUCGGAUACCGGAAUGAGUCAUGAGAAAAAUAUCGGAAGGCCGGAUUGCGCUUCUCCACCAUAUCCGAUCCG